AUGACAGUGAACAGAGGAGCAGUGAUAACUGGCUCGAGAAACUUGGAUAAUCUUGUAUCUAUCAAAGAGACACCUUACCCCACAUUAGAAGAUGAUAUGAUCAUUGUGAAAACGGUGGCGUAUGCUGUCAAUCCCACCGACUGGAAACAUAUUCUUCCGGAACUGUUCGUAUCACACUUGACAACCAACAUUUUCAAAAAGUUUGCUUUUGGUAUUUACCCACUUGAAUGUCUUUUUGGUUAUGUUGGUUCCAAUGUGGGGUACUACUUUGGUAAAACUGGCACAUAUUUUUCUCAACGAGGUAACGUUGUGGGUUCUGAUGUUAGUGGAAUUGUGGAGGAAGUUGGCAAAAAGGUAACAAAUUUCAAAAAGGGCGAUGUAGUUGCAGCAUCUCUUCAUGGAGGUAUUAACAAAAACGGUGGUUUUGCAGACCAUGUUAAGGUUAGCCCCAAUGGUGCUAUUAAGCUCUCGCUGUUACUGUUGCUGGAGACUCCACUUGAGCCCGGCAAGUAUCCAGGCUCACAAAUUAAUUCGUUUGAAGCCGCCGCUGCUUUACCUGUGGGUCUCAAAACUGCCGGAAUGAGUUUUCACUAUAAUCUUGGAAUUCCUCCCCGUAAAGAAGAAAACGAAGACGAUUAUCUUUUGAUUUGGGGAGGUGCAACUGCCACGGGAAUGUUGGCCAUCCAGGUUGCCAAAUUGGUCUAUGGUAUCAAAGUGAUUACCACCGCUUCCAAGAGGCACCACGACGCAUUGAAGCAGUUGGGUGCUGACAAGACAUUCGAUUACAACGAUUCCGACGUAAUUGAGCAAUUGAAGAGAGCUGGUGGAAACAGAAUCAAAUACGCUUUGGAUUGUGUUUCGUCUGCGCAAACAUUUCAAUCGGUUUACGAUGCCACUGAAGGCGCCGAGUAUGCGCACAUCGAUAAUCUUUUGUUCUUGGAUGAAAAAUCAAUAAAAACCAAGAAAGGACGCAAAGUCAAGUUUGCUCACACGGAUGGGUAUAUCAUCGAUGGCAGAGUACAUUUUGGUGCCAAGGCUUCGCCAGAAAUGAUGGAAGCAUUUUCUGAUUUCUGGAACUCGCACCUUCCUUCGAUCUUGGGAAAAAUCAAGACAGCGCCAUUGGAGGUGUUGCCCAGGGGCCUCAAGUCCGCAAAUGAGGGUUUGAAGUUGUUGGUGGAGAAUAAAGUCAACGGAAGAAAGGUGGUGUUCAGAAACGACCACGAACUAUAA